GCGAUGCGUCCAGUAACGGGACUCCUCACAUCGGGAAGGGACGUUUACUACAAGCAGCUACAAACCCCAUACUCACGGAAUCGAGUAUAAUACAAACUUUAAGAUGCAGUUCAUGCUUCUCUUUAGCAGGCAGGGAAAGCUACGACUUCAGAAAUGGUACGUGCCCCUGUCUGACACACAGAAGAAGAAAAUAUCUCGUGAGGUGAUCCAGAUGGUGCUGGCACGUAAACCCAAGAUGUGCAGUUUUCUGGAAUGGAGGGAUCUGAAAAUAGUCUAUAAAAGAUAUGCCAGUUUGUACUUUUGCUGUGCUGUGGAGGACCAGGAAAAUGAGCUGAUAACCCUGGAGAUCAUCCACAGAUAUGUGGAGCUGCUAGAUAAAUAUUUUGGCAGUGUAUGUGAACUGGACAUUAUCUUCAACUUUGAGAAGGCUUAUUAUAUCCUGGAUGAGUUUAUACUGGGUGGAGAAGCCCAGGAGACAUCUAAGAAGAAUGUUCUGAAGGCAAUAGAGCAGGCUGACAUGUUACAGGAGGAAGCUGAAACGCCACGUAGCGUUCUGGAGGAGAUUGGACUGACAUAGAACUUGAGAACUCAUCCUGCCCAAAUACUAACACACAUCUUCCUUACUUUUUCUGUGGGCAUGUUCUCUAUAUCUGUAUUUUAGGUUAGCUUGCAGGCAAAAGCAGCGUUAUAAAAUCAGCACUUCAGAAACAAAUAGGUAUUAAAGCCUGUAUUUUUACUGCCAGACAUCUGAGGGAAUUGAGCACAUUGAAAUAUUUAUCCAGGCUUCUAUCCCAGUUCUGAUACUUUAGAUAUGCAAAUUUCUCAUGUAGUGUUUGGCUGUUUGGAUUCAGGUUUAGGUCAGAACAUGUGUAGCACAGAUUUGUGUCAGCGUUACCAUACCAUUCUCGCAACAUCCUCUCUGGUAAAGCAUUACCUCUCACCUUCAGCUGCCUUAAAACACGUUCCUUGCAUCUGAUAAAAUUUGCCAGUAUUUUAUGCAACUCUCUUUAGGUCCAGGUCAAUGCAAUAUGGGCUUGAAUCUGUCUCUGUUUAAGAUAAGGAACUGCAAAAGUGUUAGGGACCAAACUUCUGUUUAAAAAGGGAAAUACAAAAAGACGGAUUUUGCAGACAUUGUGUAGAACUGUAAAUAGUACACCGAGAACUUUUUGGCAACAGUGUUUUACAGAUAAAAAUUUGUGACCAACCACACUGUAAAAACCUCUUUUUCAUUGGCUCAGGCGGAUCAGGAGAUUUGCCAACAGCUAACUGUUUCAAUUUUAUUUCUAAUGCCAAAGAAUGUUCUCCACCAUUCUCAUGCCAUUUUUUCAAAUAUCAUGAAUCUUUGUAUACUAUCUAAUUAGACCAUGAUUCUCUGCCUUUCUCUUGGAAGUACAUGCCCUAUGAAGUGUUAUCGAAACAAAAUAAAAGUGAGAACACAGUG